AAUGCUUUCACUGUUUUGAUAAAGUCUGUUAUUAAGAUAGUGUAGAGAGAACAUGUAAACAUGUCAUUUUGCUAUAAUGCGUGCUACUCUUCAGAUAGUUGAUAUUGUCUGGUUAUCGUUAGCCGUUGGGUUUCUGUUGGCGUUUUGUAUUUAUAAGUUACCAUUUAAAUUACCAGGAAACAUCGAUCAAGUUUUUCAGGAUCUUAUUCGUUAUGGGAAAACUAAGAAACAGAUUAAGCGACCGGGUAUCUUUAUCCUGUUUGAUGUACCGAAAAGAUGGUUCUGGCAUUUCUAUGCAGUGUCUGUGGUAUGGAAUGGACUUCUCCUCCUUCUCUCCCUUUACACUGUGUUCUUCCAUCAGCUGCUCCCUCAGUUCCUAACAGAUCUACUUGUUUUUCUGACUGGACAACCUAAGACAACAUGGAGUGAACUUCAGCUGGCAGUGGUGGUGGUGCAGGCACUCCUGUGGAUUCAUUCCAUCAGGCGCUUACUAGAGUGCCUCUAUGUCAGCAUUUUCUCUGAUGGCGUGAUCCACAUUGUUCACUAUGCUUUUGGAUUGAGUUAUUACAUAAUCUUGGGACUGACUGUCCUGUGUGUUAAUAGCACUCAACAUACAGAAGGUCUAUCAGCGACUUCUACUGUACCAUUCAUCUCCCAGUACAUAUGGCUCAUAGCCGGGGUUCUGCUGUUCAUCUGGGCAUCACUGCUGCAGCACAGCUCACUCUCCCUGCUGGCUGGCCUGCGCACCAGCAGCUCAGGUAAAGUGGAGACCCUUGUCCACAGGAUGCCUUGUGGGGGUGGGUUUGAGCUGGUGUCCUGCCCUCACUACUUGGCUGAACUGCUGAUCUAUGUUGCGCUGUGUGUGUGCUGUGGCUGCUGCUCUCUCACAUGGUGGCUUGUGGUUUUCUAUGUUCUCUGUAAUCAACUUCUGGCUGCCAGUAUCUGCCAUGACUACUACAGAAGCACCUUUAAAGCAUAUCCAUCCAAGCGUAAAGCCUUCAUUCCUCUUCUGCUAUGAUGUACCAAAACGGUAUUUUUUUAAAUCAGUAAAUAUGUAAAACUUUAAUACAGUCACAUUAUUUUGGUCAGUUUCAAUGUAGUGUGACUGUAAAUGUAAUUGCAGUAAUUGUUUAGUUUAGUUUAGUCUUAUGGCACCAACAUAGCUUGUGUUUACAACCCACGGGUUGCCUGAGAUGUAAAUGAUCAUGUAAGUUUUUAAUUGUUUUGGCAUAUCAUAAUUGAAUUAUGUUAACACUACUUACAUAGUAAAGUAUUAUCAAGUUAAGUCAAGUUUAUUUGUUUAGCACUUUUACAACAGACAUUGUCUCGAAGCAAUGCAGGACAGACAAACCAAAGACUUCUUUAAAAUUACAGGAAUAAACCUUGAGAGGAAACAGACUCAGCAGGGACCCAUUCUCUUUGUGUGCCUGCUAGGGGUGGGCAUGUAUAUAAGAUUUGUUUGUGUCAGAUUAUGGCAAAUUAAAAGGACCUUGUUUGCCUAGUGCAAUGUACUGGCUGUACUAAUAAACAUGAAGCACAGUAAUGUACAAGUAAAUAAAAGAACCCAAAUCCAA